AUGCUCAAUAACGCUGAGAAACCCAACGAGAGAAUAAGAUGGCCAGAUGAAAUUGAAGAAAUACUUCAAACUGUACCAAGGCUUAUUGCAUGCGCAAAAAAUGAAUUUGUAUUGGGGAGCCCAAAAUGCUUCAUGUGCCUGCAGUGAAGACUAACUGUGUGAACAAAGCUGGAUGCAAUAUUCAAGUAUUACCAAGCCCAAAUCCUUCAAAUAGAUGAUAUCAUAUUUAUAAUUAAAAUGGGGAAGUCCGAAAGAAGUACCUGGAUAGCUGUUUUCCAAUAUGAGCUAACCGAGUUGGCGAAAACUACUGAAGUUAACCCAGGGCAAUCAGUGCCGUAAAAUUCUUGGUCUCCCAUAGCAUACACUGGCUUUAGGCGAAGAUAAGCUAAACGGUACGGGCAAACUUCUCGGUAGGGUUCCCAAUCAUUUUGAUUAUUCCUUGGUGUGGAAAGAGAAGCCAUUGUGGCACAAUAUCCGGAGAAGGCCUCUAUGACAGGUUUUAUUCUCUUAUGGGAUUUUUUGUCCUGCAUGUGAUGGGCUCGGGCAGGCUGCAGUUUGAUCCCUAGAGCAGCGAGUUGAGUUGACUCGUUCGAAAUACGCUAAGACUCGAGUUUUAGGCGGUGCAAGCUGAAGGGGCCGACAGAUUCAAAUUUCAUCCUUCGGGAAGCAACUUAAAUUAUCUUAAUUACUUAAUUACAUAUCAUAUUACUCACUUCAACCAGGAGAAAUCGAAAAUGCUUUUAUAGCAGUAAUCUGCUAUGCUCUUCAAGUGUCUGUCAAAUUUCAAGUAGGAAUUAA